AUGAAACGUACCAUCGCUCUUGUCAUCAGCCUCGCGGCUCUCAAUGCCGUUGAUGCAAUGCCAUUUACCAUUCCUUAUCUGGACAAGACUGGUGGUCGUGUCGAGGUCCAGGGUCACCGUGGUGGUCUCGGUAUGAGAAGCGAGGAAUCCCUCUGGAGCUUACGAUGGCACAGNGAAGUCGGUGUCGAUGUGCUCGAGAUGGAUACUGUGUUCACCAAAGACGGUGUUCCGGUGAUCUGGCACGAUUGCACUGGUGAAUAUGUCGGCCAAUAUAUUGCCAACCUGACUCUUGAGCAAGUCAAGACGCUCGAUUGUUCCCUACAGCUUGCAGCUCAUCCUCAACAAGAACUUCAUCCUGGCACCACCAUUGCGACCUUGGAAGAGGUUCUGGAACUGGUAAACUGUUAUGGUGACAAAGGCGUGACCAUCAACCUCGAGACCAAACUGUCACCUACCGCCCCUAACGAGACCCUGUCCGUUGACACUUACAUCUCUGACCUAAUGCCUAUUCUCCAAAAGCACGGAUUCGAAUCUCGUACGUCGAUUCAGUCGUUCGACUGGCGUACCCUCAUCGGAAUCCACGCUGCCUACCCUACAGUGCCUAUCGUUGCUUUGCUCGACGAGACAAAAGUUGUGCCGGACGAUACUAACAAAACUUAUCCCUGGCUGGAAAACAGCAAGUAUCCCUGGCUCGGUGGUCUUGACCUCGACGACUUCUCUGGCGACUGGGUAGCCGCAGCACACUCUAUCGGCUCAUCUAUCCUCUCGCCGAACCAUGGUACUGGUAAUUCUAGCGAUGCCACGGUGAACAGCCCGCUCUACAAGCCAUUCACUACCAAGGAUGUUGUGGAUAGAGCCCACGAUUUGGGCAUGCAGGUUAUUCCUUGGACUGUAGAUGCCGAGGUGACAAUCAGCAAAUUGCUUGACGAUGGUGUGGAUGCCAUAAUCAGCAACUACCCUGAGAGAGUCAUGUAUGUGGGAAGACAAAGAGGGUUGAGUGUGGGAAGAGCCAGAAAUCCUAGCAAGCCUGAGUGUCUGAUCAAUGCAUCUGCUUGA